CCAAGUGAAAAUAAUAAUUGGUCAAUAUAAGGAAGCAAGAUGAAUAAUAUUGAGUAUGUAGAAUCGGAGAAGUUUUGGCGUGCACCAAAGCUUGAUGUAAAGCCUGUUUGUCUGGGUGAAGCUAUCCUGGAAAUACUAAACGAAAGGGAUCCCGAGCAAGUUUAUGAAGUACAUCACGAUAGUGGGUCUCAAGUUACAAAUAAAGACAUUCGAGAAAGGACAAUAACUGCCGCACAGAAUUUAUUAAAUUUGGGUGUUAAAAAGGGUGAUGUUGUGGUGGUCUUCUCUUUUCUAAACUUAAAAAUCACUCCACUAACAUAUGCAUGCUACACAAUUGGAGCUCCAGUAUGUUUCUUUGAAACAUAUCUUGAAGAAGAAUAUGUGCCUGAAUAUUUGGAAAAGCUUGAUCCAACUGUAAUCAUCUAUGAAGAAAAAUUCAAGUCUAUGGUUUUCAAAGGUCUUAAAGGACUCAGUCUUCCAAAACUGAAACAUACUCUCAGUUUGAACGGAAGAGAACAAAAUUCAAUUGACGACUUAAUUUUCAAACCACCUGUUGACAUCGAAAACUUCCAAAUUCCUAAUAUUGGACAUCCAGACGAUACCCCAGCAAUUCUAGGUUUCACAUCAGGAUCAACAGGGUUGCCCAAAAUUGUAAUCCAUUCCCACUCUCUAAUAAAACAAAGUGCAUAUGGCCGAUGGCAGGCAAAGCCAGGAAGUGUGGUAAUGGUUCUAAGUGAGAUCCGUUGGAAUUGCCAGGUUUCGUGUAUGCUCCAACCGGCCUUCCUCAAUGUCAAACGAAUUUACAGCUCAAUUCCACAAAAAGAGCUAACAGGUGAAUUUGUGAGAGAAAUUAUAGACACUCACAAAGUCACACAUUACUUUGAAGUUCCAGCUUUUUAUAUAAAUGUGAUAGAAUCUGCUGAACAAUCUCAAGACCCAUCCAGUUUGAGUUCAUUGAAAUUAGUCCUGCUGGGUGGUGAAAGUAUUGGAGAAGCGACUUUGGCAAAUAUUGCAAAAAUAACUCCAAAUUGUGAGAUCGGAAGAAAUUAUGGAAUGACCGAAGUUGGUGGUAAUAUUGUUUCGACAGAAUUGGCCAGUAGAAAAAAUGUGAAUGGAGGUGUUUUGAGAAAGGACGGAAUGGUGAAAAUAAUUGAUAGAAACAACCAACCACUUGGCCCAAAUCAAUUGGGUCGAGUUUGUUUGAAAACACGUGCAAAAUUUUUCGGAUAUUUGAAAAACGAAAAAGCCAACAAAGAGACUUUUAUCGAAGACGGUUGGAUAAAUAGUGGCGAUUUGGGAAUGGUCGAUUCGGAUAAUCUUUUAAUUAUUUCUGCCAGAGAAAAGUUUGUUUUACAUUAUGCUGAUGGAAGUAUUCUUAUUCCAAGUGUGAUUGAAAAUAUUGUUAAUAGCUUCGAGGGAAUUCAUUCAUCAGCUCUUGUUGGACAGCCAAGUAAAGAAAAUCCUAAAGAAGAUGUUGGAACUAUUUUUGUGGUUUUCAAAAAUUUUACUCAUUCUAUUUAUUUGGAGAAUGAUCUUAAGGAAUAUUUGAGGAAAAAAUUAACUCAUCAGCAAUUGCAAAUUGUCAAGUAUUUUAAAGUGCUGGAAGACUUACCAAAGACAUCUUGUUUAAAAGUUAAUAGGAUAGCGUUGAAAGAAAUGGUGGAUGGAGAGCACCGUAAACCUUUUUUAAGUACACUUGCCGACAACGAUGAUGAUGAUGAUGAUGACGAAGACUUGGACGACAAUGGCCAGCAGCAAGCGCUCUGCUCAGACUCGAAACGGCCGUCAACCCUUUUGUUUUGGUUUAUGACAUUGAUGACACUGUACGGAUGUCCUUAA